AUGGCCAGUAAUGGGGGGACUCUGCACGGGGUUCCCCAGAGUGUGUCACAGCAGCAGCAGCAGCAGCAGCACAUCUGCUCCCAGUGUGGCCUCUACUUCGAGAGUGCAUCAUCGUUGCAGGUGCAUCAUAUGCACUACCAUCAGCAUGACAGCAUGAACCGUUGGGGUUCACAGCAGCAGCCCGUGGUUAGUACAACACUCGGAACGACAGCAGUGGCAACGACCACGACGACCGCGACGAUAACCACGAACGGUACCGCACCAUCGUCCACGACGCCAACUUCCUCCGACACGGAGAACAACAACCAGCCCGGUUCGCAUACGCCGACGCACGCGGCCGGUCUGAAACCGGUGCCGUCACCGCAGCAUCAGCAGCAGCAACACCACACGACGAUAGCGGCGGCCGCCGACUCGAGUGACAAUCAGCCGCCAACGCCCCAACCCACCAUUACGGAGCCAGGAACUCCGCAAAGUUACGGUGGUGGUGGCACAUCACCCUACCACGCUCAGCAGCAGCAGCAGCAGCAGCAAGUAAGUCAACAUCCGCAUCAGCUGGGGCUGUCCACCGGGUCAGCGGGCAGUGAGAUGCAUUACCCGAGCUACAUCCACCCGGGGUACGAUCCGGGCAGUUACUACACCGGCGGACCUGGGACGGGUCUCGAUUACGGCGUACUCGGUGGGCCACUGCAACCGACGGACUACAAGUCCGGUUCGUCGGUAGUGUCCUCCGCUCGCUACCAUCCGUACGGCGGAUCCAGCAGCAAUGGCAGUGCACCGGAUGGUUCAUCACCGGCGGUGGUCAGCAGCAAUGGUGGCAGUUCGGCCGGCAUGAGCCCGCAAGUGGUAAGUUCUUCCAAUGGAGUUACCGUGGCGGGUAGUGGCAGCGGAGCCACCACCGUGACGACCGUCGCUAGCACCACGACCCAGUCGUCCCAGCCGUCCCAUUCGCCACCGAACGGAACGGGCGGUUCGAACAUUCCGCCGACACCGUCACCAUCGCCGAUACAGUGCGAGAAGUGUGGCAUGGUGUGCGAGUCCGACGAGGCCCUGAACGAGCACGAGGCCACGAUACAUUCGAACGUGCCGGUACAGUCGGCGCAGGAUCAGCAGCAGCAGCAGCGCGUCGAUCAGGUCGAUCUGCAGGGCGGUGGUGGCUAUUCGUACGGUGCCGGAGGUGCCGGCACGCCCGUGUACCCCGUGAAGGAGGAAGCGCCCGCCUCGGACAUUCUCGAUCUCGACUCGCAGAAGAUGGUUGGCUACGGGCCGGGCCCGGACGGUGGCUUACUACCCCCGAUGAACUCGCUGCAUCCGCUCCAAUCGAUGCAGCGACACCCGAUGAUGUCGUGGCACGAUGCGCACAACUUUAUGGGUCCUCCGUCGCUGCCACCGCCCCAUCCAUCGCACGGCGGUGGACCGGACAUGAAGCAUUCGGCCGCCGUAGCAGCGGCCGCCGCAGCCGCCUACUACCACCACCCGAUCAAGUCCGAGUACUCGGCAACGCCGUCGAUAAAGUCGGAGUACCUUGGCGGUGGGGGUGGAGGCGGCCAUUACGGUGGAACCGGCAGUCCGAUCGUGAAGAACGAGUACAGCCUGCCGCCGACAUUGCCCCCACCGGCAGCCGCGCCGCAGCCAACGAACGCCCAAACGAUGAAGCAGUACGCGGACGAGAUGCACGACAAUCAGCUGGCGACCAGCCCGUCCGACUUUCCGAGCACGACCACGCCGCAGGAGAGUGGUUCGCAGUACCGCACGUUCGAGCCGGCCACCUCGUCGCUGCCCGGUACGGCCGGGCCCACGAAGGGCACGGCCUGGAAGUCGAACGAGGCGCGCCGCCCAAAGACGUACAACUGUACCGCGUGCAACAAGUGGUUCACCAGCUCGGGCCAUCUGAAGCGGCACUACAACACGACGCUGCACAAGAACGCGGUCAAAUCGAGCGGUCAGCCGGACCCGGCAACGUUGCCGAUCAGCGUGCACCAUCAUCCGGGGCGCGAUCCGAACUACGCCAACAAGGGCCGGCGUGGCGGUGCGGGCAACGGUGCGGGCGCUGGAGCGGGAGGCGGUGGCGGAGGUGGUGGGGGAGGAGCCGGGUCGCAGAUCCAGCAGCCUAUACAGCAGCCGGUACCACCGCCCGACCCCCCGAGAAGCCCCGAGUAUGGGGCGGGUCCGGGCGCGCCGCAGUACGGUGGCGGGGCGGCGGGGUUUUCCACGGCCGGGACGUCGCCCGGCCAUCAGCAUCCGGGCGGGCAGGGCCAGGUAGUCAGCUCGAACCAGUCACCGGGGUUUCAUCACCCGUACGCCGGCGCGACCAGCGCGAACGGCACCACAGCCAGCUCCACUUCUUCAGCGGUUCCCCCAAACGGGGUAGCAGGUCCCUCCGUCCAAGUCUCCCAACCGAGGGGCCUGCAGAUCUACUCGAACAGCAGCAACAGCCACAUGGCGGAGCAAAUGGAGCAAGCCACCCAUACCAUUACCACCAUCCUCACGCCCACCACCCAUCCGCACACCUGCACGGGGGGCAUCCCGGGCACCCGGGACAUCAUCUCCACCAGCACCCGCACGCCCACGGGCACCCACACGCCCCCCACCAUGGGCAUGGGCUCGCCGCUGGCCCCUCCGCAGCAGCAGCCGCCGCCGCAGCAGCAGCUGCCGCCGCCGCCGCCGCCCAUCAUCAGUUCAAUGGAGCCCUACCACCACCACCACCACCACACGCAGCCCCACACAAUGCACACCAUCUCCAAUCCUUUAACUAUCAGCACCAGCAUUCCAUCCUUCCAAACCAUCCUGCCGGAGGCGCCGAGCUAUCACCUUAUUAUUGGUAAUGCGUCCCACCAGUACCCGUCCCAGAUGGGGAUGGUGGUCGGCGACCCGCACGGGUGGGUCGACGGGGGCGACGGGUUGAUCGAGUCGACGACGGAGGGCCGCAACGGUGCGUUGGGGUUUCCCCGGUGUGCGGGGGGCGCCGAGGUGUAUCAGGGCGAUACGGCGCCCCCCUUUUCACCUAACGUACCGGACCAGUACCAGCGUCCCAGCAGCAGCGACGGGACGACCACCAUCUUGACGAGCCUGCACGAUCCGCAGCAGCGCGGCCAGAUGAUUGUGCACAGCGCGAUGGGCGGCAAGUACAAGGAGUAUGCGCAGCAGCCGCACGAUAUCGACCCGUACCAGGAGCAGCUGCUGUACCGCGUGGCGACACCCCAGCUGGGCGCGACCGCACCCGCCAUUUCCCCCGCGCCCUGCUCGCCGAGCGUCACGUCGACGGAUGUUGGGCAGGGGCCGCGGGUCGAUUCGGCCGGUGCCAACAAAUCGGGCGGCAAUGGGCAGCCGGAGGUGCACCGCUGCAUCGAGUGUGACAAGGUGUUCAACAAGGUGUGCUACCUGACGCAGCACAACAAAACGUUCCACUCGGGGGACAAACCGUACAAGUGUCACCGGUGCGGCAAGCGCUUCCCGUGCAACCAGUCGUACGAGGAGCAUCUGGCGAAACACGGUGGCGAAAAACCGUUCAAGUGUGAGCAGUGCCCGAAGCAGUUCAACCACAAGACGGACCUGCGGCGCCACAUGUGUCUGCACAGCGGUUCCAAGCCGUACGCGUGCGAACAGUGCGGCAAGGGCUUCAUCCGGAAGGAUCACAUGAUCAAGCACUCGGAAACGCACCGGAAGAAUGCGGCGGCCGGUCAGGAGCGGGCGGGCGGCGGACAGAAGCGCACCGGCGGCAAGGGAGGCAUCAGGAAGGGCGGCAAGAAGGACAUCGUCGGGAUGGUGGACGAAUGA